GCUUAUACAUCUAUAAAACUAUUGCCAUAUCUCUCUCUCUCUCUCUCUCUCUCUCUCUCUGAUUUACAAAGCUUCAAACAAAAAGCUCAAUACCAAUAUGGCUACCAAGGAAGAAGUUGCAGCAGCAGCAGAUAAGUACAGAUCUGUUUUACAUGAAGUAGACCAAAACACAGAGUGGAGACACGGUGCUCCUCCUACAUACGACUCUGCAAACAAGCUCUUUGAAGAAGGCCGCACCAAGGAAUGGCCGGAAGGGUCACUGGAAGAGACGGUUCAGAAUGCUAUAAAGUCGUGGGAGAUGGAAUUAUCCCACAAGAGUCGGUUACAAGACUUCAAGACCAUAAACCCAGAGAAAUUCAAGCUCAUUGUUAAUGGAAGAGAGGGACUAUCUGGAGAAGAAACUCUGAAAAUCGGCAGCUACAACGCGUUGUUGAAAAACAAUCUGCCGGAGGAAUUCAAGUACUACAAAGCAGAGGAAGAGAGCUUCGAAUCCUCGCACGACGCGUUCCGAUCGGCUUUUCCCCGUGGGUUCGCGUGGGAGGUGGUCAGUGUUCUUUCAGGACCGCCUUCGAUUGCGUACAAGUUCAGGCAUUGGGGUUUCUUUGAGGGUCCUUUCAAAGGACAUGCCCCUACUGGAGAGAUGGUCCAGUUCUAUGGCAUGGGACUUCUCAAGGUUGAUGAAUCUCUGAAAGCAGAAGACGUAGAAGUAUACUACGAUCCAGCCGAGCUCUUCAGUGGCCUUCUGAAGGGAUCACCAAUCCCUGAAACUCAUGCUGAUACUCCAACAUCUGCUCAUGGCUGCCCCUUCCACAAGUAGAAAACGUCCUCUGUUCAUUCUGUGAAGUUCUACAUGUGUUUUUUUUUAAGUACUCUUUGUUUCAAGGGGAUGAUCACUUAAUGCAUGAAGUGCAAUGUAAGAGUGGGAGAGAAGAUGAAACGACUUAUGUACCCUUUGUUGUUUGAUUCCACAAGAAAAAACCUAUCGAUAAUUUUGUUAUAUUA